AUGCGGCCGUGCGUCUUGCUUGCUGCUGUUGCGUCACUAGCAACAUCAUUGAGACUGGAUGCGGCACACGGCGAUACGCUUGACAGAAAAUCUCCUCAACAGGCAACUCAUGUAGCACCGCACUCCAGAAUGCGAUUCCGAAGACAACCUAGCCCUUAUUCUGGCUUUGGACCUGGUGGACCUUAUCCUAGAGGGCAGGUAGGAGGUCCUUACGGCGGACCUUAUCCUGGACGGCUCGGAGGGCCUUUCCCUGGAGGAGGUUUCGGGCCUGGAGGACCAUUUCCCAAUGGACGAGGAGUAUACCCGUAUGGAGGACCCGGAGGUCCGUUUUGGAAUGGAUAUGGUGGACCUCCAUAUGGAGGACCUACAGGACCAAUUGGAUACCCGUAUGGCGGUCCUGGAAGACCCUAUGCUGGAGGAGCAGGAAUGGGCCCUUACGGAACAGGAGCAGGAGGAGGAUCAGGAGCUCAAAUAAUUCCAAACAAUGGACCUGGUCCGUGGUACUGA